CUGUGAUUCAUGCCUGUAGCUGUAUGGUGGACGGCGCAUUACUUAUUGGCAGACCAGAGCAUAGACUUGAUAAGGCAAGAGCCGCCCACACGAACUUGAAGCCAAGAGUAAGAUCCAUCGAGAGGUCUUAUUUGCCACUCUACAGAGCCCUCACGCGUGGUAUAAAUAACAAGGCAUCAGCCUCUCCAGCAUCACCACAAUUCAGCGAGGCAUCCACAUCUACGCAUUCAGCAGCAGACACGACAAGUACAAAGUUAGCUUUACCACUCAUCAAGAUGAAGAUCAGCGUCAUCACCAGUAUGAUUCUCGCCCUUAUGGCUCCUGUCACCCACGCGACAACAAUCUUCAACAACUACAGAUACGCCGACUGCCAGAACCCAGGCGUUGAUCGAACUGCGGCUCGAGACGUGUGCAACUACAGAGUUGAUUCCACGCAUGCUAUUCGACUUAAGCAGAUUGACCCAGGCUGCGUGAUGCGAGGUUGGACAAGCAAUGACUGCUCGGGCACAGCAAGGAUGAAUCUGCGCACUACCAAUCUGUGUGAGCCUGUGGUUUAUGGGACCGACCGCAGGUAUAGCAUUCGUUCGUGGAGACUGGAAUGUUAGACCGUGAGCGUCGGUAGUAGGCUUGGAUGUCGACACUAGUAGGGGAGGUGGCCCGGUCGAUUUGGACAAGAAGUGCUGGGACUGGCGUAUGCUUAACUACACCAAUCAAGGCGGUAGGGGUAGAGUGGAAGGAGGAUGAGAUUGUGGGGUUCAUUUGAAUAAGGCUCAAG